CAAUGAAGAAGAGAGAUUCAUGAAAAAACGAGGAUUAACAGAAGUCAUGUUCACUCCACUAAGCUCAAGUUCUCUCACCUCACUCAAGUUAUGAACAAGAUUUUUGAAGGUAGUUGUUUCAAGGAUCAAGUCAAAAGAAUUCCUAAAAUCAUUCAAGGAAAGAUUGAGGCUCUGCAGGUUUUUGAGGAAGAAAAGAGUGCUGUUGGAAGGAAAGGUGCCAUAAAGGGAACUGCAGCUGAGAUUAAGGGCAAUUACAUGGCCCGUGACAUUAUCACAACUAACCCCAUCCCAGGAACAACAGUCUAUACCUCCCUUCCAUGACUCAAUCUUAGAAUAAUUUUCCUCACAAUGA